AUGCUAUCCUCUUUAAAAAACACUCCUAAGAAUAUUAAAUUUUAUCGAUUUAAUUCUAUAAACAAAAAGAAUUGGAUAGAUACUAAGGUUACCAGUAUUUCGGCCAAAUGUAAUGGUUCAAACUUUGCCAAUAACAGUAAAGAAAGAGUAGUUUUGGCAGAGCCUAUCAAGUUUUGGGCUGAAGAAAUGAAUCUUAAAGGAAAUCAAAGACCCUUGGUAGCAUUUGACAAGUUUGAGUCUAAACACGAUUUUGUUAUGAUGGACAGUUACACCGAGAAGACGCUACCCUUCAAGUCUUCACCUUCGUUUUUAGAAAAAACUAUAACUCAUAAUGGUAAAAUUAGCAUAGGAUAUCUCCUUCAAAUUUCCGAUGAAAUUGCUUAUGUUGUUGGGACUAAGCAUUUAGAUAUUCAUUCUUGUUUGCACCGUAUACCUUCUCAUGUCUUGACAGCUUCUGUUGAGCAUGCUCACUUUAUACUUCCGGAUACUAUACAAGAUAUAAGAUUAAGUGGGCACAUUGUAAAUGUAGGAACGUCAAGUAUAGAAGUUCUUGUAAAAGCCAAGAUAAUCCCUUGUGCUGACAAGCCUUUGGGAGCAAGAAUGGAACUCAAAGAUUCGACGAUAGAUUACAUUACAGCUCCUACAUCAAAUACUGUUUUUCUUGCAAAGUUCAAUAUGGUAGCUGUUCAUAUUGAAACAGGAAAGGCUGUAAAAACAAACUCACUUGUUACAACAAAUGUUGGAGAAAGAAAGAUGCAAGAACUUGCCAAUGUUAUGAAGAAUAAAAGUUAUAUAUCGAACAAAGAUAUAAAGACCAGUACAGACGGUAAACCUGAGACAUCUAAAGGUUCCAAUAAUAUUGUAGCAGAUGCCUUUGAUAAGAAAAAAAAUUCCAUGGGAGAAUACAAGUUAAUUAGGGAUACAACUCUUCAAAGUGCUUUCAUAGUAGCACCACAGCCCACUAAAUUAAGAGAAAUACGGCUAAUACUUGAUAACUGUUUGUAUUUGCAGGAUCGCAGUGUUCUUGGAUACUUAUUUGGUGGAAAGACUCUGAACUAUGUGCAUAACAUUGCGUACAUCACAGCCCGUAUGUUUGCUGGAUCUAAUGUGAGAAUGUGCUCUUUGGAUGAAGCCACGUUCCAUUCCAAAGUGGAUAUUGGCUCUACCGUUAAGCUCACUGCCCAGGUUAUAUAUUCAUCAGAAGACGAUAAUAUGUUUCAAGUCAAAGUGGUUUCUAGCCUUUAUGAUUUUAACGGAGCUCUUGAUGAUAAGGAAGCUAUCACAGCCAAUUUUACAUUUUUAAGCUUGGAUAAGAAAAUUAAAAAUUUAGUGCCUAUGACCCUAAAGGAAAAUGGGCUUUACAUUGAAGAAAGAGGCAGGAUAUUACACAGCAUGUCAGGAAAGAGAUUUUUAGAUUUAACCAUGUUGUUGCUAGGCUCUAAUACACUCCCGAUCAGAAAAUAA